AGAAAGAGAAGAAAAAUGAAUAAAGACGAAAAAAAAAGGUAAACAGAAGUGUAUAUAGCAGGUGCAGUAUCGGAGGCGUAUAUUAGCAGCAACAAAACAAAAAGGCAUCUAUCUCUCUUCUUUGGUACAGGUUUCAUCGGUUGCAGUUUCGUAUGAGAAGAGGACUUUUCUUGUAGCGCUCAGUUGUGGUAUGUGGGGACACUUGAGUGCUUCACCCUCAAUGUAUAAGCGCAUGACAUCCAGAGAUUCCAUGAAUGCUGAUGUUGAAGCUGAUUCAGAUGCUCUUCAGAAUGGUGUAGAGAAAGAGAUGACAAAUCCCUCUUGGAAGUAUUCGUGUCCACAUGUACUCGUGGCAACAAUAGUUGCAUUUCUGUUUGGCUAUCAUCUUGGGGUAGUGAAUGAACCACUUGAAAGUAUUUCAGUUGAUCUUGGCUUCAGCGGGGAUACAUUGGCGGAAGGUCUGGUGGUGAGUACUUGUCUGGCAGCUGCCUUUGCUGGAUCCUUGAUAAGUGGUUGGAUUGCUGAUGGAGUUGGCCGUCGUCGAGCCUUUCAGUUGUGCUCAUUGCCUAUGCUUAUGGGUGCUUCUUUAUGUGCAACUGCCAAAACUCUAGCAGGCAUGCUCGCAGGAAGAUUUUUAGUGGGAUUAGGAUUGGGCGUGGGUCCUCCGGUUGCUUCUCUUUACGUUGCAGAGGUUUCUCCUGCUCAUGUGAGGGGUACUUACGGGAGUUUGAUUCAAAUAGCAACAUGUCUUGGGCUGAUGGCAGCUCUUGUUAUAGGGAUCCCUGUCAAGAAUAUAGUGGGUUGGUGGCGUGUAUGUUUUUGGGUGUCUACUAUUCCUGCUGCAAUACUUGCACUUGCUAUGAUGUUUUGUGUUGAGUCCCCUCAUUGGCUAUAUAAGCGAGGAAAACUUGCUGAGGCUGAAUUUGAGUUUGAGAGGCUUCUAGGAAGUUCACAUGUUAAAAGUGCAAUGCUAGAGCUUUCAAAGUCGGAUAGAGGGGACGAAACUGAAAGUGUUAAAAUCUCUGAAUUGCUCAAUGGACGGCAUUCUAGAGUUGUUUUUAUUGGGGCAACCCUAUUUGCUUUACAACAGCUAUCUGGAAUAAAUGCUGUGUUUUAUUUCUCUUCAACUGUAUUUAGACGUGCGGGAGUAUCCUCGAACCUGGCAAAUGUUUUUAUUGGGAUUGCAAACUUGACAGGGUCAAUUGUGGCCUUGGUUCUGAUGGACAAAUUAGGAAGGAAAGUCCUCCUUCAUUGGAGCUUCUUUGGAAUGGCUUUGGCCAUGGCCCUUCAAGCGUUUGCUUCAAGUGGGAUUGCAUCAAAUUAUGGAGCUUUUUACUUCUCUGUUGGUGGCAUGCUGCUGUUUGUCUUGACAUUUGCUGUUGGAGCUGGUCCAGUUCCUGGUCUCCUCCUCCCAGAAAUAUUUCCCAGUCGAAUUAGGGCUAAAGCUAUGGCAUUUUGUAUGUCAGUUCACUGGGUGGUUAACUUUUUUGUUGGACUGAUGUUCUUGCGUUUGCUCGACCAACUUGGGCCACACCUAUUAUACUCCAUAUUUGGCACCUUCUGCGUGAUGGCCGUGGUAUUUGUAAAGAGGAAUGUGAUGGAAACAAAGGGAAAGUCACUUCAAGAAAUUGAGAUUGCCCUUCUUCCACAAGAAUAGAGAAUAGUUCUUCUAAGAAGAAAUCAAUACCCAAGUGUUUUCCAGGUUUGGAAGUAAAUGGAAUGCGACCAGCAAAUAUUUCUACUUAGUCUCGCGACUCAUCCUGAUCGUUGUAAGUCUUCAUACAAUUGUUUCUGGCAGUAGUAGCUUUUUCCCAGCAGCCUGCAGGAUGCUCUGUAAAUAGAGUACUUAAAUAGAAUAACUAUUGGGUUGUGGUCUCUUAGCAGCUCCUAGUAUUGGGCAUCCCUGCCCCUAUAAGAUAACAAUAAUGUUGUUACAGUAAGGACUUGGUUUAUAUACCAGAAAUGAGAAGUUACUUUUGUCUAA